AUGCGCGGCGCCUGGAUCACGUUGGCUUGCCUUCUAGGCGCCUAUGUCGCCUUCUCGCGCUUUCGAGCCUGGCGGCGUCUAGCGCACAUUCCCGGCCCCAAGAUCGCCGGGUUCACUGAUUUGUGGCUGAUCUACAAGACAUGGCGGGGUUCCUUGUUUGAGGACCUUGGUGAAGUCUGCAAGCGACACGGACCCCUGGCACGCAUCGCGCCCAACCAUGUCGUAUGCGGCGAUCCUCGCGAGGUGCGACGCCUCUGGGCCGUCCGCUCGCAGUUCGACCGUGCUCCAUGGUACAAGGGCUUCCGCCUCGACCCGCCCAACGACUGCACGCUGUCCAUGUGUGAUGCCGACAUACACACGGCUCUGCGCGCAAAGCUCGCCCCUGGCUACGGCGGUAAGGAUAUCGUCGGUCUGCACGAGCAUAUCGAUGAGGGGAUUGCACGCUUUGUCAAGCUUCUCGAGGACAAGUACCUCUCUACCCCAGACCAAGUGGUCAGCGUCGACUUUUCACGCAAGGUGCAGUACAUGACCCUGGACAUUAUCUCCAAAAUCGCCUUUGGUGAGGCGUUUGGAUUCAUGGACAAUGAUGCCGACUUUUUCCGCUACAUCAAGACAACGGAGGACACCAUACCGAUGAUGCAGAUGUUCGCCCUCGUCCCAUGGCUCGUGGAUAUCCUACAGGGACCCUUGGGCAAGAGCAUGAUGCCCACCGAGCGUGAUGCUUUUGGCCUCGGUCCCAUCAUGGCGACUGCCAAGAGGGUCGUUGCCGAGCGUUUCGGCGAGAAGAAGGUGGACAAGCCCGACAUGCUGGGGUCGUUUGUGAGGCAUGGUCUGGACCAGAGGGAGGCGGAAGCCGAGUCCCUAGUCCAGAUCAUUGCGGGAUCAGACACGACGGCCACGGCGCUGCGCACCAUCAUGACCCAUGUCAUGACCAACCUGGACGUCUAUCGACGUCUGCAAGCCGAGAUCGACCAAGGCAUUGCGGAGGGCCGCAUCUCGACGCCCAUCACGGACGCCGAGGCCCGCAAGCUGCCGUAUCUGCAGGGCUGCAUCAAGGAGGGUUUCCGGAUCUGGCCCCCCAUCACUGGUGUGAUGCCUCGCAUUUCGGACGAGGACGCGACGGUCUGCGGCGUGCAUAUCCCUGCCGGCACCAACGUCGCGUGGUCUGCCCAUGCUGCUCUGCGGGACAGGGAGGUAUUCGGCGCUGACGCAGACUUUUACCGGCCUGAUCGAUGGGUGCGCGCCACGGAGGAGGAGUAUCGCUUGAUGGACAACUCCGUGGACCUUUGCUUUGGUUCGGGACGCUGGGGUUGCCUCGGGCGUCCCGUCGCUACGAUUGAGCUCAACAAGAUGGUGCCCGAGCUGCUGAGACGUUUUGACUUUGCUGCACUGAACACGGAGCGGCCUAUUGUGAACAAGUUCCAUGGCGUUCUCAUCCAGCAAGAUUUGGUCGUGCAGAUCACGAAACGAGCUUGA